GCCUCGUUCACUGUCAUAGAUCCGUUUACCUUCAUCAACUCGGUGUUUAAAAAUCAGUUUAUUACGUUACAUUACAUUACUUUAUGCUUGUCAGUUACCUCAGGUCAUUCGGUUUGUUGUGUGCGCGAGUAAGUAAGCUAAAUUAACUUUAACGUCCUCAGAAAAACGCCGAAAACAUUGUUAUAUGAGUUUUGAACCGGAGGAAACGUUACAAUUUGGACCUAAAUGUUGUUCACGUAAUGGUUAAUAUCUCAGCCUUAUUAAUAUGACUUCACUCGCCAAAACAAGCCAUCAUUAAACGUAUUUGUUGGUAUCUUUACGGACAUAAUUCCUCAAAUGGUGAUAUUUCCGGUUUUCCCAGAGACCGUGAACGCAGCGUGUCGUCUCAUCGCGAUCACGUGACGUUUUGUUGACGGUAGAAGACGCAGGAAGAUGGCGGCCCGCUGGAGCAGCGAGAAUGUGGUGGUGGAGUUUCGGGAUGCUCAGGCCACCGCCAUGUCAGUGGACUGUCUGGGCUCUCACGCCGUGCUGUCCGGGCGGCGUUUCCUGUACAUGGUGAACCUGGAGGCUCCGUCUGAGCCUCCCAGGAAGAUCGGCCGACAGAGUAAAUGGGACGUGGGGACGGUCCAGUGGAAUCCCCACAGGUCAGAGUCCCACGUCUUCGCUGCCUCGAGUAACCAGCGUGUGGAUCUGUACUCGUGGAGGGACGGCUGUGGAGAAGUGCACACCUCCCUGCAGGGACACACCCGGGUCAUCAGUGAUCUGGACUGGUCCUGGUUUGAGCCGGAGCUCCUGGUCACCAGCUCAGUGGACACCUACAUCUACAUCUGGGACACCAGAGACACUCGGAAACCCACGGUGGCGUUGUCUGCUGUUGCCGGGGCGUCUCAGGUGAAGUGGAACAGGAAGAACCAGUACCUGCUGGCGUCCAGUCACGACGGAGACGUACGGAUCUGGGAUAAAAGAAAGCCGAACACGGCGGCGGAGUACGUGGCGGCUCACCUGUCCAAGAUCCACGGCCUCGACUGGCACCCGGACAACGAGUUCAUCCUGGCCACGUCGAGCCAGGACAACUCCGUGAGGUUUUGGGAUUACCGACAGCCCCGGAAGUAUCUGAACAUCCUGUCCUGUCAAGUGCCUGUGUGGAAGGCCAGGUACACGCCGUUCUCCAACGGUCUGGUCACAGUGAUGGUUCCUCAGCUGAGGAGAGAGAACAGCCUGUUGCUGUGGAGCACGCUCGACCUCAACAGUCCCGUCCACGCCUUCGUUGGACACGACGACGUGGUGCUCGAGUUCCAGUGGAGACCGCAGAAAGAAGGGUCUAAGGAUUACCAGCUGGUCACGUGGUCCAGAGACCAGACUCUGAGGAUAUGGAGGGUGGAUCCUCAGCUGCAGAAGCUGUGUGUCAGUGACGUGGUGGAGGACCUGAUGGAGGGGAUGUCUCUCACCGUGGAGUCGGAGAAAUCUCCGUUGUCUCAGGAGAGUCAGCACAGCGUCGGCCCGGCUUCUGAAAACCUGCACGAUCGGGACGGCGCUCUGAGCUCUGGAGGUCGUCAGGACUCGGCGGUGGGUUCAGGUCUCCCUCAGACUCUGCAGCAGGAGUUCUCUCUGGUCAACCUGCAGAUCAGGAACGUCAACGUGGAGAUGGACGCGGUGAACCGCAGCUGCGUGGUGUCGGCUCACUUCGGCAGCCAUCAGGUUCACCUGGUGGUCAAGUUUCCCGCUCAGUAUCCCAACAACGCCGCGCCUUCCUUCCAGUUCGUCUCCCCCACAACCAUCCCCUCCGCCAUGAAGAUCAAGAUCCAGAAGAUUCUGACCGACACGUCGCUCCAGAAGGUGAAGAGGAACCAGAACUGUCUGGAGCCGUGCGUCCGACAGCUGGUGUCCUGUCUGGAGUCGGACAUGACGCAGGAGGACGGUCCGGGCUCUGGCCCCUUCGUUCUGUCUAACCCUGUCACUCCGGCCAUGCAGGCGUUUCCUCGAGUCACCAACACAUACGGCUCCUAUCAGGACGCCAACAUCCCGUUCCCUCGGACCUCCGGCGCUCGUUUCUGCGGCACCGGCUGUCUGGUUUACUUCACCCGACCAAUCACAAUGCACCGCUCAGUCCCGCCCACUGAGCCCACUCCCAGGUCCCUGUCGGCUCUGUCGGCCUAUCACAGCGGAGUGCUGACCCCGAUGAAGAUGCGUUCAGAGUCUCAGAGCACUCUGCGGUUGUACAGCGGCAGCCCGACUCGCUCCGACAAAGACACCGUGUCCAUUUCCUCCUUCUACUAUAAAGAACGGAAGCUCCCAAUCUCUGCAUCCCGCCGCUGGUCUGUCCAAACCCUCCAUGACUGGCCGAAAUCCCGCCGGUUUAAGACGAAGCGAGAGGGGACGGACUACGGCAACCGUCCCAUCAAACUGGCGGGGAAAGUCAUCAUCCAGGAGAUCUCCUGUCUGCUGCCCGUCCACAAGGCUCUGGGGGAGAUCUACAUACUGAACGUGAACGACAUCCAGGAAACAUGCAAGAAGAACGCAGCAGCGGCGCUCACAGUCGGACGCAGAGAUGUGGCGAAGGUGUGGGCCCUGGCGUCUGCAGCGACUGAUCAGGACCUGAGUCCAGACUCAGACCCGGACACAGAGACCCCCUGGGCCAGACACCCGUUUGGACGGCAACUGCUGGAGACUCUUCUGGAUCACUACAGUCAGAUGAGCGACGUGCAGACUCUGGCCAUGUUGUGCAGCGUGUUCAGAGCUCAGCCUCCUGCAGACUGUUACUCUCUGUACGGACAGCAGGCGUCACGCUCCUCCAUCUUCCCCCCGCACCACUCGCGAUACCCCAGUUACACGUCCAGCUCCGUCACCUCGGGCUCGUGCUCCAGCACCUCGGACUCCAUCACCACGACCACCUGGAACGCAGGUAGAGAUUCUGAGCACGUCAACCCCUGGGGUGAACCCUCCCCUGAUGACUAUCGCUAUGGUAACCAGGGUUACACAGACCCUCGGGAACGAGAGCGAGAGCAGCACGACAUGAACAAGAGACUGCUGGACCCCGCCAACACGCUGCAGUUUGACGACUUCAAGAAGUGUUACGGAGAAAUCUUGUACCGCUGGGGUCUGAGGGAGAAAAGGGCCGACGUGCUGAAGUUCGCCUCCUGCCCUCCUGAACCCCACAAAGGCAUCGAGUUCGGCGUGUACUGCUGUCACUGCCGCACUCAGGCUCGUGGGACGCAGUGUGCCGUCUGUAAGCGUCUGACCUUCCAGUGCGCCAUCUGCCACGUGGCCGUCCGCGGCUCCUCCAACUUCUGCCUCAGCUGUGGUCACGGCGGACACACCAGCCACAUGAUGGACUGGUUCCGCCGGCAGGACGAGUGUCCGGCCGGCUGCGGCUGCCACUGUCUGCUGCAGAGCGUCUUCUGAUGAUCCAACACAGACGCUCUUCUAAAAGACGGCGAUGAGCACGUCUUCUGUCCGACACAACCUGCUGCUCAGACUGAUGGACAUUCACGGUCCCCAGAGGACAAACCCUGCGGACCUUUCCUCAGGACAAACUUUCCACAUGGACACUAGAAAUACCAAAACCUGAUGGAUAGAUGGUCGUGAGGUUCGUGCUCCCAGGAGGACCUUUAAGUCUAUGAAAAAUGUCGAUCACAUUUAACCAAAAUAAGCCUGCACACUUUUUGUCCGACCAACAGUUGAUGGUAUAAAAUAGAUAAAAGCAGCAAACCCUCACAUUUCAGAAGCUGGAAUUAGUUGCGUGUAAAUGAUGCCGGCUGCUUGAUAAAAUACUUAAACAACGAAUACUUGACUAACUGUUUGGAACCGGAGCUUCAGGCAAAGUGUAUGUGCUCCAUAACAAAACAUAAAAACACAAGAUUUGUGCUCAAAAACGAGAGGUGACACCUGGACGGCGUUGUUUGUUUAGUCUGAGGACGAGACAUUUACGUAGCUUCUAUCUCACAGAUGUGAUCACACAAGUGUUUGUGACGCAGAGAGGAAAAGCUUCCUGAAUUCUCUGAAGAGUUUACAGAUGUACUUUAUGUCAAAUUAUAAUAAUAAAAAUUUGCUUGAAUUCAGGCAAAAUGUCAUUUAAA